AUGAUAUUGUUCCCAACUCACAUUUGGAUUUUCGGACUUUUGUCUUUCAUAACAUUAACAGUUGCUCCAAAUGCGACCAACCCUAGUAUUUCUCCAAAUUCAAUAAACCUUUUAGAUGCCUUUCGAGCUCAUUAUGCACAAUUUGAAGCAAUUGUUCGUCAAGUUCAUGCUGAAGCAACAGAUCCCUUUCUGCUGCAGCUCCUUGGAGAAGACUUGAAUCAAUUUUCUCAACUCGCACAUGAGCAUGUAGCAAUAUUUGAACACGAAGAAGCUCAAAUUCUACAAAAUAUGAUUCAUCCAGAUUUCCUUCGCUUUGCCUAUCGACAUCGUACUACAUCGGGUCUCAGUCACUUUCUUGAUGUCCCUCGCUCAACCCUCCGGCGACGUCUUUUAGAAUCUGGCAUUGCUUCCCCAGGCACUAAUCCAUUUCCUGCCAAUGGAUAUUCUAUGGGAGACAGUAAUGAAGUUCGUUCAAGUGAUCAAGAUGAGCUACUCAAUGCCGAAGUCCCACAGCCAGCUCACCUACCAGAUGAUGUACAGGUAGAAGCAGCUGCGAUACCGUCAUCAUCUUCAACUGGAUAUAUCACCAAUAUUUCAGAUGAGCAACUGGACUCUUUGUUGGGACGUUUAUGCAUUCAUUUCCACCGAGCAGGCAUUAGAAUACUCGAUGGAAUGCUUCGUCGCCUAAAUAUUGCAAUUUCAUACGAGCGCAUUCGCCAUUCGCUCAUAUGUAUUGAUCCUGUUCAUCGGGUGUUUGACCGUAUUCGAAUUCGCCGUCGAGGAUAUUCUGUUCCAGGACCAAACUCCUUGUGGCACCAUGAUGGUCAUCAUCGUAAAUCUGUUCACAACGUUCGCAUAGAACGUUUAUGGGUUGAUGUUAGCCACUAUUGCAGCCAAACCUGGCAUGACCUAUUUACUCUUCUGGAGAUGCAUCAUGGACUUCAGGUUUCGAAUUUGAACCACAUAUGGUUACUUCAACAUCUUUUUCUCCCUAUGAUCAACGAACAACUUUCAUUCUGGGCCGAAUCCUGGAAUAAUCACCGGGUUUCGCAGCGUCUUGGUCCAGCGCGCAGCCCAGAGGACAUGUUUGUAUUUGAUUCGCUUGUCAAUGGUGUCCGUGGUGAUGAAAUUGGCCAAUUCACAAUGACCGAUGAAGAGCUGGAAGUAUUUGGAGUAGACUGGGAGGGCUUGCAGGAUGAGACAUUAUUACGAACACUCCGGACAAAUUAUGCUCAUGAAGGGUCAGGCUCCUGGCUUGGCCGUAGAGGACCUCCUUCAGAUCUCAAUGAAGUGCCUGUAAAUCCACCAUCGGCCCUUCUUACUCCCGAACAAAUCAUCUCACUUAAUUGGCAACUUCAACACCACGUUCGCCUACCCCGCGAACAGGAAGUAGUACAGCUUUGGAUUGAUGCCCUUGCGAUUGUAAAGACCAUGUAUCCAGAUGAUUUAUAG